AUGCCAUUUGUAAAAGGUUUUGAGCCGAUCUCCCUAAGAGACACAAACCUUUUUGAACCAAUUAAGAUUGGUAACACUCAGCUUGCACAUCGUGCGGUUAUGCCCCCAUUGACCAGAAUGAGGGCCACUCACCCCGGAAAUAUUCCAAAUAAGGAGUGGGCUGCUGUGUAUUAUGGUCAGCGUGCUCAAAGACCUGGUACCAUGAUCAUCACGGAAGGUACGUUUAUUUCCCCUCAAGCCGGCGGCUAUGACAACGCCCCUGGGAUUUGGUCUGAUGAGCAGGUCGCUGAGUGGAAGAAUAUCUUUUUAGCCAUCCAUGAUUGUCAGUCGUUCGCGUGGGUACAACUUUGGUCUUUAGGCUGGGCAUCCUUCCCAGACGUAUUGGCAAGAGACGGGUUACGCUAUGACUGUGCAUCUGACAGAGUGUAUAUGAAUGCUACGUUACAAGAAAAGGCCAAAGAUGCGAAUAAUCUCGAACAUAGUUUGACUAAAGACGACAUUAAACAGUAUAUCAAGGAUUACAUCCAUGCGGCUAAGAAUUCUAUCGCGGCUGGCGCCGAUGGUGUAGAAAUUCAUAGCGCCAAUGGGUACUUGUUGAAUCAGUUCUUGGAUCCACAUUCUAAUAAGAGGACCGACGAAUACGGCGGAACGAUCGAAAACAGGGCCCGCUUUACACUGGAGGUUGUCGAUGCUCUUAUCGAAACUAUCGGUCCUGAACGGGUGGGUUUGAGGUUGUCGCCGUACGGCACUUUUAACAGUAUGUCUGGGGGUGCUGAACCAGGUAUUAUCGCUCAAUAUUCGUAUGUUUUGGGUGAAUUAGAGAAGAGGGCAAAGGCUGGUAAGCGUUUGGCCUUUGUGCACCUCGUUGAACCACGUGUCACGGACCCAUCGUUGGUGGAGGGCGAAGGAGAAUAUUCCGAGGGUACUAACGAUUUUGCCUACUCUAUAUGGAAGGGUCCAAUCAUCAGAGCUGGUAAUUACGCUCUUCAUCCAGAAGUGGUUAGAGAACAAGUAAAGGAUCCCAGAACCUUGAUAGGCUAUGGUAGAUUCUUCAUCUCUAACCCAGAUUUAGUCUACCGUUUAGAAGAGGGCCUGCCAUUGAACAAGUAUGACAGAAGUACCUUCUACACCAUGUCCGCGGAAGGUUAUACCGACUACCCAACAUAUGAAGAGGCAGUAGAUUUAGGUUGGAACAAGAACUGA